AUGCCGCCGGAAGUUGUCUAUCCCAUUCCAAUCUUCCUGUCUUCCCAAAGCCGUCAUAUCCAACAAAUGAUACGUCGCAAGAAUAGCCUCGAGCCCCCGGUCAGAGGUAUCAAAGGUAUGGAACGCCUUAUCGCCAUCCCUAAGGAAACAACAAAGUCCAAAACACCCAUUGCCAGGCUUCCAGAUGAUAACCUCACCCUCCUUCUCAGCUUCAUCCCAAGCAGCAUGCGUCUUCGAGGAACUGGAUAA